AGACACAGACACAUCAUCACACUUAAAAUCCCAUCAAGGAGAACAAGUUCUGCAUAUGUAUGCGUGAGUCUUAUCCGUAAAUCUCGUAUACAUAUACAUAUAAUUACACGUUGAAAUGUGUGAUAGACAAGGGGAUCUGAGGGAUGUAAGACUUAAUUAAAGUUAUUAGAAGAUCCUUUAGAUGACGGAUACAUAUAAAGCCUGAAUGAGAUGUUAAGUCAGUGUAGUGAGAAAUUUCGGAGCUAUAGCUAAGAACAUAGUACAUCUUUUCUCAACAUGAAUCGAUUGGCAAUCAUUUUAUGUAUUUUAAUGGAAGCUGUGCUGAUAAUAGCAAAAACAGAAAGAUUAUCAGCCGAUAAGUCCAAUACCAAUAAGUUCGUAGCGUUUGCUGGACAGGCACCGCAUUACCUAACAAGCUUUACAACUACAGCACAACCAAGCAACAAGCUUUACAGCUAUAGUUAUAACAUUGAUGGCAUUCAGGCUGAAGAGGACGGUCACCUCAAUCAUAUAAACACCGAGCAGGAGGCCUUGGAGGCACGAGGUAGCUACACUUAUACUGACGCCGAAGGAAAUACCUUUCACGUCUUGUAUGUAGCCAACGAGAAUGGAUUCCAGCCGGAAGGUGCUCAUUUGCCCAAAGUACCACCAUUGAUUAAAAAAGCUCUUCAAUAUAUUGCCGAACAUUCCGAAGAGAAUGGCGAGCAAGAAGAAGAACAUUAAACUGGAAAAUUAUUUUUAAAAAAAUCGACCAAUUCACGCAAGUAUAAACAUAGAAUGUUAAAUUAGUGUACUAAGAAAUCUCUGAGCUGUAGCUAGAAAAAUAGCGUAUCUUUCUUCGACAUGAAUUCAUUGGUGAGUCCAAUUUUUUGGAUAUAAAUGCAUUGCGAAUAAAAUGUAUUAUGUGUAAA